AUGACCUCACUGCCCACUGGAACCACUGGAGACCCCGAUUUGUUUUCUGGGCUGUCGCCAGCCGGUUCUACUCCAGCUAACCAGAGCACAGAGGCCUCCGAGGGGAACACGUCUGCGACGGGUCCCGGAGCUCCAGCAGUCACGCCAUUCCAGAGCCUGCAGCUGGUGCACCAGCUGAAGGGGCUGAUCGUGACGCUGUACAGCAUCGUGGUGGUCGUGGGUCUGGUGGGUAACUGCUUGCUUGUGCUGGUGAUCGCGCGCGUGCGACGGCUACACAACGUGACAAACUUCCUCAUCGGCAACCUGGCCUUGUCUGAUGUGCUCAUGUGUGCCGCCUGUGUGCCUCUCACCUUGGCCUAUGCCUUUGAACCUCGCGGUUGGGUGUUCGGUGGAGGCCUGUGCCACCUGGUUUUUUUCCUGCAGCCGGUCACCGUCUACGUAUCGGUGUUCACACUCACCACAAUCGCCUUGGACCGCUAUGUGGUUCUGGUGCACCCGCUACGUCGGCGCAUUUCACUUAGGCUCAGUGCCUACGCGGUGCUGGGCAUCUGGGCUCUAUCUGCAGUGCUGGCGCUGCCGGCUGCGGUGCACACCUACCAUGUGGAGCUCAAGCUCCACGACGUGCGUCUCUGUGAAGAGUUCUGGGGCUCGCAGGAGCGCCAGCGCCAGAUCUAUGCCUGGGGGCUACUGCUAGGCACCUAUUUGCUCCCCCUGCUGGCCAUCCUUUUGUCUUACGUACGGGUGUCAGUGAAGCUGCGGAACCGCGUGGUGCCUGGCAGCGUGACCCAGAGCCAAGCUGACUGGGACAGAGCGCGUCGCCGCCGCACUUUCUGCCUGCUGGUGGUGGUGGUGGUAGUGUUCGCAGUCUGCUGGCUGCCGCUGCACAUUUUCAACCUGCUGCGGGACUUGGACCCCGGUGCCAUCGACCCCUACGCCUUCGGGCUAGUGCAGCUCCUCUGUCACUGGCUUGCUAUGAGCUCUGCCUGCUACAACCCCUUCAUCUACGCGUGGCUGCAUGACAGCUUCCGAGAGGAGUUGCGCAAGAUGCUGCUGUCCUGGCCCCGCAAGAUUGUGCCUCAUGGCCAGAACAUGACCGUCAGUGUGGUCAUCUGA